UUUUAUUAUCAUAUAUAAGUACCAAUCUCAUUUUUUCCCCUCCAUUCUUGAAAAAAAAAAUACAAUUUUUCACAUUGCCCCAUGAAUUUUCUUGACUUGUAAUUUUUGACCAAGAUUGUUUUUUUCCCCACUAGUCUCUCUUAUGUUUCAUAUUAAAUUGUAUUAUGUUGAUUAGGUAUUCUUGAUUAAGUCUUAUUUGAUUAGGUUUGAUGUUUUAUUGGCUUUGAACUUUCCAUGUUUGAUUAUGCUUAUGGUUUCUUGAUUAGUGCUGCUUAAUAGUCCAAAGACUUCAACUUUAUUGUUAAGAAUUUUGGAAUGUAGCUUGAUUUUCAUUUGGGGUUUUUGUUUUUAGCUUUAUUAUGCUAUUGGUGACUUGAUUAUUGCUUCUUAAUAUUCCAAAGAAUUUAGAAACACUAGGCAAAUAUAACCGACUGUGCUGAUGAGAGGUAGUAGGUAUCCGAUGAAUAGUCGAGGUGCGCACAUGCUGGCCACACCACCUUUAUCCAAAAUAUUCCAAAGACAUUCAACUUUAUUGGUUUAAUUGAGAAUGUAGCUUGAUUUCAUCUGGGUUUUUUUGUUUUUAGCUUAUUUAUGCUUUUAGUGACUUAAUUACUGCUUCUUCAUAGUCCGAAGACUUCAACUUUAAUGUUAAAUUGUGAAAUGUAGCCAAAUGUUCAUCUGGGGUUUUUGUUUUUAGCUUAUUUAUGCUUUUAGUGACUUGAUUAUUGCCUCUUAAUAUACCAAAGACUUCAACUGUAAAUGUUAAAUUGAGAAUGUAGCCAAAUUUUCAUGUGGAGUUUUUGUUUUUAUCUUAAUUAUGCUUUUCGUGACUUGAUUAUUGCCUCUUUAUAUACCAAAGAUUUCAACUUUAUUUGUUAAAAUGACAUGUAGCUUGAUUUUCAUAUAUGGGAUUCUUGUUUUUAGUUUAAUUAUGCUUUUGGUAACUUGAUUAUUGCCUCUUAAUAUCCCAAUGCCUUCAACUUUAAUGGUUAAAUUGAGAAUGUAGUCAACUUUUCAUCUGGGGUUUUUGUUUUUAGCUUAAUUAUGCUUUUGGUGACUUGACUAUUGUCUUAACAUACCAAAGAUUUCCACUUUAUUUGUUAAAAUGGAAUGUAGCUUGAUUUUCAUAUGGGAUUUUGUUUUUAGCUUAGUUAUGCUUUUGGUGACUUGAUUAUUGCUUCUUAAUAUACCAAUGGAUUUCAACUUUAUUUGUUAAAUCGGAAUGUAGCUUGAUUUUCAUCUGGGGUUUUUGUCUCUAGCUUAAUUAUGCUUUUGGUGACUUGAUUAUAGCUACUUAAUGUUCCAAAGACUUCAACUUUAUAUGUUAAAUUGGGAAUGUAGCUUAAUUUUCAUGAUCCCAUUAAUUUAUUUGUCAGGCGCAUCCCAUUAUCUGCCUUGCAUAACAAAAUUUCUUUGUUUUUUUUGUUUUUUGACUUUAAACUUUCCCUAUAUUUUCAUCUUGCCUUGAGCUGAGGGUCUGCCGGAAACCGCCUCUCUACCUUCAAGGUAGGGGUAAGGUCUACGUACGCACUAACCUCCGCAGACUCCACUUGUGGGAUUACUGGGUUUGUUGUUGUUGUUGUGACUUUGAAACUCUUCAUGUUUGAUUAUGCCUAUGGUUACUUGCCUAUUGCUUCUCAAUGUUCUAAAGACUUCAACUUUAUUAAUUCAUUUGGAUAUAUAGAUUGAUUUUCAUGAUCUUAUAACUUUUUCUGCGUUGCGUUCUAUUUUAUGUGGUGUAUGAUAAAGGUUUGUUCUUUUUAGUUGGUGCAAUUUUUUCGGUUGAAGUUUUUAUGCUGGCCUAGCGAUGGCCUCCAAGAAAAUAAUUGCCAUUUGUCAAUCUGGAGGGGAGUUUGUGAUCAACAACGAAGAUGGAUCUUUGACAUAUGUUGGUGGGGAGGCAUAUGCUCUAGACCUUGAUAGCCAGACACUUCUGAAAGAUUUUAAGCAAGAAGUAGCGGAAAACUUUGAGUGUGGUAUUGAUGGAAUGACGAUUAAGUAUUUUCUCCCUGGGAAUAAGAAGACUCUCAUUACAAUAUCUAAAGAUAAGGACCUCAAGCGUAUGAUCAACUUCUUCAAGGAUUCUGAACAAGUAGAGGUGUUUAUAAUUGUAGAAGAACCCGUUGCUCGAAGUACUCCAAAUGUGACUGCCAGUAGGUCGAGCAGGACUACUGUGUCGGAGCCUCCACUUACCCCUGCUAACCCCGUGGAUAUAGUCGAUCCUGAUGAUCUGCUUCAAGCCCCAGUUGAUACUAGUCCCCUAGCUGUUUAUCCAAGUAGCAAUAGCAAUGAUGAGAAGCAUCGCAAAGCAGCUAUGCAGUGGGAGAAUGCAAUUACUGGCGUUGGCCAAAGAUUUAACAGCUUUUCUGAAUUCCGUGAAGCUCUACAUAAGUACUCGAUUGCCCAAGGAUUCACUUAUAAAUAUAAGAAAAAUGAAAGUCGUCGAGUAACUGCUAAAUGCAAGUCGGAAGGUUGUCCUUGGUCAAUAUAUGCAUCGAAGUUGCCUACCACCGAGCUAAUAUGUAUUAAGACAAUGAACCCGAAGCAUACAUGUGAAGGAGCUGCAGUAAAAGCUGGGUACCGGUCCACAAGGGGAUGGAUGGGAAAUAUAAUAAAGGAAAAGUUGAAGUAUGCUCCCAAUUACAAGCCAAAGGAUAUUGCAAAUGAUAUUGAGCGUGAAUAUGGCAUUCAGCUGAACUACUCUCAGGCAAGACGUGCAAAAGAGAAGGCAAGAGAGCAGCUUCAGGGUUCUUACAGAGAGGCAUACAGUCAGUUACCUUUAUUAUGUGAGAAAAUUGUAGAAACUAAUCCAGGUAGUGUUGCUACAGUUGUGGCAAAGGAUGACUCGAGCUUCCAUCGUCUAUUUAUCUCAUUUCGUGCCUCAUUAUCUGGUUUUCGACAAGGUUGCCGCCCUCUUCUAUUCCUUGACAGCGCUCUUCUCUAUGCAAAAUAUCAAGGAACAUUGUUGGCAGCGGUAGGUGUUGACGGGAAUGAUGGUGUCUUUCCUUUAGCCUUUGCGGUUGUAGAUGAGGAGACCAAGGACAACUGGCAUUGGUUUCUUUCAGAACUUAAAUCUGCUGUCUCAAUGUCCUGUCCUAUAACAUUUGUUUGUGAUUUCCAAAGGGGCAUAAGGGAGUCAUUUAACGAUAUAUUUAAUGAAGAGGGUUACCAUGGUUAUUGCCUGCGCUAUCUUGCGGAAAAAUUAAAUAAUGAUUUGCAAGGACAGUUUUCUCAUGAAGCUAGACGUCUUAUGAUCCAAGAUUUAUAUACUGCUGCUUGUGCCCCAACACUUCGGAGUUUUGAACGCUGUGCUGAGAAUAUAAGAGCAAUCUCACCUGUUGCAUAUGAUUGGGUCACUCGAAGUGAGCCCGACCAUUGGGCCAACGCCCUUUUUGGUGGGACAAGGUAUGGACUCUUGACAUCCAACUUUGGGCAGCUUUUUUAUGAUUGGGUUAUGGAGGUGAAUGAGCUGCCGAUAGUUCAAAUGGUCGAUGUAUUACGAGGGAAGAUAAUGGAAUUGAUCUAUACUAGGCGUGUCGAGUCCAGUCAGUGGGCUACAGGAUUGACACCGUUGAUGGAAGAGAAACUUCAGAGCGAAACGUCAAAAGCAAGGUCACUUCAAGUAUUACCCUCGCACGGGAGCACAUUUGAAGUUCGUGGUGAGUCUGUUGACGUAGUUGAUAUUGAUCAAUGGGAUUGUAGUUGCAAAGGUUGGCAACUAAAUGGGAUGCCUUGCUGCCAUGCUAUUGCUGUUUUUGAAUGCAUAGGAAGGAGUCCAUAUGAUUAUUGUUCCAGAUACUUCACAACCGAGAGUUACCAUGUAACAUACGCUGAAUCGAUUAACCCCAUACCUAACCUGGAAAAACCAGCAAGUGGUGAAAUUGAUGCGGCAAUUAUUAUUACUCCCCCACCAACCAAACGUCCACCUGGCAGACCAAAGAUGAAAAAGGUCGACGCUUUUGACAUGGUUAAACGGCAAAUGCAGUGUAGCAAGUGUAAGGGCCUGGGUCACAAUAAGAAGACAUGUGGGAAGCUAAAUCAGAUCGAAGAACCAGAUCCUCUACUUGUUACGGGCUUGGUAACUGAACACCUUGAAGGCACAGAGUGAAGUUCUGGUAUCUUGUUCACCAUAGGUCGCGGAUUCGAACCGUGGAAGCACCAGCCACUAGUGCUUGCAUUAGGGUAGGCUGUAUGAAUACCUGCAUGAACGCAAGAUGCCUUGUACAUUGGAUGGCCCUUUUUUUUUGUUCACUAGAGUUAAAAGUUAAAUUACUUAGAUACUUGUUUGACAGAUUUCUUGUGGUUAAGUUGAUGGAAAACCUUAGUUAGAUCUUUGAUUAAAGAAAUAAUCUGUCAUCUCUUUUAGUUGGUUUCAUUAGUCAGAACUAGUCUAUUAAAGUCGCGCAUACUGGUUUUAUUGUUGUCA